AUGGACGUCGCGUUGAUUGUUGUAAUAGCAUUCUGCUUACUGCUGUUGCCAACAGCAAUUUUCCUCAUCUGCCGAUUACAUCUAAAGAUGAAGAAGAAAACGCAUAAGAAAGCUUCUCGAGUGUCCGUCGUGUCGAUUGCUCCAGUUUCGAAAAAGAAGCCCUCCAUCACUCUCCCUCCAAUCAGUGAGUUCCUUCUACUUUGUUCAUUAAAGCAAGAUCCAGAUGCUCCAGCUUUGACGGUCGCUGCCGACCCCUCCCAACGUCGCGUCUCUGCAUGUUACUUGACGGAAAUGAAACUGAUGGAUAUUGGUCCUCUUCCUCGAGAUCAAGCAGCUUUGGAGGCGAUGAGAGAAAGAGAAAAAGAAAAGCAGAAGUCUUUAGAUGUUUAA